CCAUCAUUAAUGUAGCCAAUAUGGUUUAUACACGGUCUAAAGCUCAUCAAAUCGAGCGAUUAAAGAAAAAUGCCUCUCAUCGUCAUUAUACGACUCCCGAAAAGGCCUGCCUUCGGGGAGAGGUGGAGCACGAAACCGCUCGUCGUAGGCAGUACGGAUUCGAGACCGCCCACUCUAAUACAGCGAUUUUCAAGCGAAAUAGAGUCCCUCGUUCGUCUGCAUACCGUAUCUUAAAGUCUUACAAGGACGAUCGACGAAUAUCAGACCAGGAGACACGCGGGCGGAAGCCCCUCAUCCCGCCUACCAAGCUCGCAGCCCUUGAUACCCUGGUUGAAUCGAUGGAUUACGAAGACAGGACUAUAUCAUGGGACGGACUCGCGUACGAAGCAGAUAUUGACUGUUCACCACGUACGAUUAAAAAAGCUAUGGAGACGAUGGAUUACCAUAAGUGUAUCGCAUGCAGAAAAGCGUGGGUUUCAACGCAAUUGGCUGCUAAACGCGUUGAAUACGCGAAAAAGAUGUUAUCAAAGUAUCCUACACCGGAACACUGGAAACAUGUCAGAUUCAGCGAUGAGGUCCAUAUUGGUCUUGGGCCCCAAGGCAAGAACCUUAUUAUACGAAAACGAGGACAGCGGUACUGUUUGAAUUGCAUCCAACGAGUUUCUGAUCCGGAUGAGGCGGACAAACGAAAAGUCCACGCCUGGGCAGCCGUUGGAUACAAUUUCAAAGGCCCUCUUGUCUUCUAUAACAUACCGCCGAAUAAUACCGGCAAAAUGUCGCAGGAGGUCUACUUAAACGAGAUCCUCAAACCAAUCGUUAGGCCGUGGAUUGCAAAUCAUGAGUAUUUUGUAUUGGAGGAGGACCAGGACUCUGGACACGCACCGCCAAGAUCAACCAAAACGAAGCCCUCCGCGGUAUCCCAAUGGAAAAAGGACGUAGGACUCCAGUCCUACUUCAAUUGCGCCGGGUCUCCAGACCUUGCGAUCAUCGAGGACUGUUUUCAACCUCUCAAGCAAUAUAUACGCAAGUUUAGGCAUUGGGAGCCCGAUGAAACACGCCAAUUAGCACAGGAGACUUGGUAUGAAACACUCGAUCAGGAAUGGAUUAACAAACGAAUCCUUACAAUGCCUGAUCGGUUGAGAAAAGUCAUUGAAUCUGAGGGCCAACUAAUUGCCUUUGGAGGAGGUAUGGCGGGCCCGAGACCAGGAUAACCGCCAGGUUUUCGUAGAUAUAGACUGAUCAUCUAAGUACAAAUAGCCUCAAAAAAGGCCUGAUUAAAUUUCACUUGUUUUGCGUGGUGUAUUGUA